AUUGGUGUCGACGGCGGGACAGAGUCCAUACGUGCCUGUUGUUUCGACGCCGAGACGGGACGCAUCCUUGGCCAAUCGUGUGCCGUUCCCUAUCCUACACAUCAUCCUCAUCCAGGCUGGGCCGAACAAGAUCCGCUUGACUGGUAUGAAAACCUCGGGCAGGCAGUCCGAGCCGCGGUGGGUUCCGUCGACUGCGACGGUGCCCAGGAAACCGAGAUUUGUGCCGUUUGUAUCGACACGACCUGUUGUUCCGUAGUUGCACUGGAUAAAAACAAAGAGCCGUUGCGGCCAUGCCUCCUCUGGAUGGACCAACGCUCAGCAUCUCAAACUGUUGAAAUUAUGGAACGAUGUCGGGGAGAUCCGGCUCUUCUUGUCAACUGCGGCGGUGAUGGACCUUUGUCGGCCGAAUGGAUGACUCCCAAAGCCCUUUGGAUCAAACAGGUCGAACCAGACAUUUGGGAUAGGGCCGAAACGAUAUGCGAAUAUCAGGACUAUAUCAAUUUUAGAUUGACGAACGAGAUGUGCGCUAGCUCGUGCAACGCUGCAUCCCGCUGGCACUGGGACGGAGAGCUUUGUCUCCUUGCAACAGAGGGUCAUCCUGGUAGACCGCUGUCUCUGUACAAGAAGCUCGGCAUACCCGAACUGGCUGACAAGCUGCCUCAACGAUGCAUUCCAAUGGGCUCGGUAGUAGGUAGAUUGACUCCGGACGCUGCAUCGCAUCUGGGCCUUCCUGAAGGUAUUCCAGUCGUUCAAGGCGGGGCUGACGCAUUUGUUGGCAUGGUUGGUAUGGGAUGUAUUCAUCCUGGACAGCUCUGUCUUAUUACAGGGUCUUCGCACCUGCACUGUGUUGUGACAGCACAGCCUACUACAGCCAGAGGAACCUGGGGCGCAUAUAGAGGUGCGCCGCUUCCAGGGGUCAAUUUCGCCGAGGGAGGGCAAUCGUCAACAGGAAGCAUUCUACGAUGGGCCAAAGGAAUAUUCGGUAGUAAUGAUUCUUACGAGGAUCUGGACAACGCAGCCGCAGCUAUUGGCCCAGGGGCUGAUGGACUAGUAGCUUUGGAAACGUUUCAAGGAUCGCGGACUCCAGUGACCGAUGCACUUGCACGUGGAAUAUUGAUUGGUUUGACUCUGUCACACACAAAGGCCCACAUCUGGAAAGCGUUCAUGGAAGCUGUUUGCUUCGGGACUCGAGGUUGUAUUGAGGGUCUAGCUUCCGCCGGCCACAAAUGUGACGAAAUCAUCAUCGCUGGUGGAGCGACUCGCUCUCAGACUUGGCUACAGAUGCACGCCGACGUAACAGGAAAAACGGUAAUU